AUGGGCUCCAUGGAACACUCCAAGAUCUCUCUUGCAGUACUAGGAGGCGGUAUCGCUGGGCUGGCACUAGGAGUGGGAUUGUCCAAGAACCCAAAUGUCGACUUCCACAUCUACGAGAGCGUACCAGAGUACAAGGAUAUUGGUGCCGGACUUGCACUGCAUCUGAAUGCGAUCAAGGCCAUGACACUCAUAGGCGACGAGGUGAAGCAGGCUUACUUUGACAAGGCGCUGAACAUGGGCGAGGCGGACGUGGAGAUGGUCACACAGGUCAUCUUAGCACAAGGUCCAAACAGCGGCGAGCUUGUAGCUGAGCUCGGAAGAGCAAAAGGUAGAAAGACGGUGGCCAGGCAUGAGUUGAUGAAGGGCUUCAUGGAGCUGUUACCGAAGGGCAGCAUAAGCAAUGGCAAAAGAGCUGAGAAGAUCGAGGAGAGCGACAAGGGCGUGACAGUGUACUUCACGGACGGCUCGAAAGUGGAGGCAGACGGCGUUAUUGGAGCAGACGGUGUGCACAGCAUUACUAGAUCGCACAUCUUGGGCGCGAAUCAUCCUGCAGUGGGCGCGAAGAACCACAAUGGCUACCAAAACUAUCGAAGAAUGAUGUCAAUGGACGAAGCGCGAAAGUACGGGAUCGAUGAGAAGUGGACAAAGUUCGUUCCAAUCCUAUGCGGUCCACGUGGGAAUGUCAACUCCAUGCCGCUCGCCAAAGGCCAGAAGUUGAGCGUAGGUCUUGCUGUGCGAGGACUUCGAUUCGAGGCGGACAAGUAUAGUGGCGCGCCGCCGCUGAAAGAUCAGCUACACCUGUUCGACGACUACAGCGAAGAAGCGAAGAACAUGGUUCGCAUGGUUGCAGACGACACGUCUGGAUCGUGGAGUUAUGCUGAUCAUGAUCACGCACCCACUUACUACAAAGGCCGCGUUUGCAUGAUUGGAGAUGCCGCACAUGCAAUGCACCCCUUCGCCGGUCAAGGCGCAGCUCAGGCCCUAGAAGAUUGCGCUGUCAUGACACACCUCUUCUCCAGAGUCGACUCACCUGCACAGGUAGAACAAGCCUUUGCAGCAUACGACAAAGUACGACGACCACGCUCACAACAUCAGGUCGACCUGUCUCGGAAGCAUGGCGAUAUUUACAACUAUGCGGCAGACGGCAUGGAGAACGACCCAGACGCGAUGCGAGCAUUUUUCAAAGAGUCUGCGAGCUUCUCCAACAAUGUCGAUCUUCAGGCACAGAACGACGAUGCGAUGAGGGUGUUUGAAGCAUUAUUAUAG